GCCAAAAUUCUGAUAAUGCAUUGUCUAUUUUAGCAAAUAUUUUCUAUUUUAUUUUGGUUUGUACUAUAAUGGAUACCUAUAAGUCUAAAGACACUGUUAUAUCAAAGCAAUAUAGUAUUAAGGAUGCUCAAAACUCUAAAGA